AUGUUUGUCCCUCAGAAGACUUGCCAACGGGAAGUCCAGCACCGCCUCAACCACCGACGGGCGCCGCCGAACAUCCCAGAAGCGCCGAUGAAGAACUUCGUGGGACGCCUGAGCUCGCCGGGUGGCUGCUGGCAAGUGGACAUGAGAGGGCAGGGCUUGUCGGAGCACGCCAUGCGCUUCACUUGCUUAAAAAGCGUUACAUGGACGCGUGACUGUCAUGGUAACGAGUUGAAGCUUGGCAUACCUUGGCGCUUUGAUCAGACCAUCUGGAGCAAGCACGGCAAUAUGAUGAUGUUCCGCAACGAUGCCGAGACGAGCAUCUUGGGCGUCAGCCGUGAUGGUCGGCUCGCGGCUCCGGGUGGCGCUCAGCACCUCUGGAGCGAGACCAACUACACCGGUCCGUGCCCCAACUUCGCCAACAGACUCUUCUCUUUGAAGGGACCCGACGGCGUCGUCUCUGGGGUCUAUGAUCCCAGCAGCAACACUCCGGGCCACGUGGUCUUCGACAAGAAGCAGGACAGAGAUCCACAUGGGAGCGGGAAAGUACAUGAAAGUACUCCGAAUCAGACAGAAGAACAGCUCAGGAUAAGGUCGCAGAUGGGAAACGGCCGAGCGAAGAUCCUGGAGUUUCGGCCCUUGUCGUUGGUCAUCGCCAAUGGGACGAAGCUCUACAUGUCCAGUGCUUCUUGGAUCCUUCAGCGGAUUGAUGGGCCGCAGCCAGUGUGGCGCGGCGUGCUGGACAUUGCGCAGCUCCGCUCGGCCAACGGGCCGCUGAACGAGGCGGUGGGCGGCAUCCGGGGGAUGACGGCGAUCAGCUGCCCGACGGAUCCGACCAAAGAGUCGAUCCUCUUCUGUUGGAACCCCAACGACAAGUCGGAGAGUUGGAUUCUGCGCACCGAUUCGGGCGCCGAUGGAGCCUUGCAGCCGCCGGUGGAGGAAACGUCCAUUCGGAGGUUGGCGAAGAGUUACUUGGGCACACAGGAUUUGCACUACACUCUGGCGGCCUACAACAACAUGUUGCCAGCCUCUCUGGGCUCGCCUUGCCAUCUGAUUGGUUUCGAAAUCUAUCUGGGUGAGCAAGCCAAAGUACAUGGAAGGGACCCCAAUCAAAAAGGCUUCUGGGCACCUCUGAUGCAGGGGGGUGGCUUCGCCGUGCGCGUGGCGGAGAAUGACUACUAUGUUCCCUGGGCUGCGCUCAGAACGAUAUUUUUUGAAGAGAAAACGUGCAGAAAGAUGAACUGGUGCUUUGCACCAAGAGGUUCCACAAACUGA